UCACCAUUUGUUGUGUAAACGACAGCAGAUCUUAUUCCUGUGCUUUUCUUCAGCAAAUAUUACUCAACGAAAAACCUUGAACCAUGAAUAAGGGGCCAAUACAAAUUGUUGCCUUAGUUCUUGGUAUCAUUGGAUUAGUUGGAGCUUGUGCAGUCACAGGAAUGCCGCAAUGGAAGGUAUCUGCAUUCAUCCAAGAAAACAUUAUUGUCUUUGAAAACAGAUGGGAAGGCUUGUGGAUGAACUGUAUAAGACAAGCAAAUUUUAGGAUGCAAUGUAAAGUGUACGAUUCCUUGCUGGCUCUCCCCCCUGAUCUCCAGGCAGGCAGAGGACUGAUGUGUGCCUCUGUAGCGCUAGCCUUUGUGGGACUGCUGAUUUCCUUAAUUGGAAUGAAAUGCACUACAUUCGUGGAUGAAGGUACACAGGCAAAAGGGUUCAUAUUGAUUUCUGCAGGAAUCCUUCUGGUCAUUUCAGGUAUCUGUAUCAUAAUUCCUGUAUCGUGGACUGCUAACACCAUCAUCAAAGACUUCUACAACCCAUUGCUGCUCACUGCUCAAAAACGGGAGCUAGGAGAAGCCCUAUACAUUGGAUGGACUGUUUCUGGAUUUCUUUUUGCUUCUGGGAUAAUUAUGAUAUGCAUCUCAGUACCACGUGAAGAAAGGACAACUAGGUUGACUGCGAGCUCCAAGAUGAGCACUUACCAUCCACCCACACUGCAAAGACAAGCCUCCGUCGUGUACAGCAAAAGCCAAUAUGUGUGAAACCAGCUAAAUAACUUUCUUUCAUGUGCUCUCAAAAAACACAAGGUUAAGUGGAGUUUAAAGCUUUUGAUAAUGUACUUCAGUCUGUGUUAAGACAUAAUCAAAUCUCCUUUGUGAUUCAAACUGUACACCACCGUAAACUGUUUUAUUUGGUUUUAAAUUGUAGUAUUCUUCCUUUUAUAUUAACAUUGCAUUUUUCAUAACUAAAAUGUUUAAUUGGUUAAAAUAAGACUUGUAUCAUGACAGAAUGGAUUUUUUUUAUUAUUAUUAUUCACAAGUUAACAUAUUAAAAUCAGUUUUAUAGUGUCUGUAAACGGACAUAUUUUGUUAUAUACCUACUGUAUAUAUUGGUCAUUGUCAGUUGUUGCCACAUAAUUAGGAGAUGUAUUAUAUUUUACAAGAUUCUUGCCAUUAAAAGUAAUAUUCAAUAUCACAAUGUUGAGGUAAACAAUGUAUUUUUGUAAUUUGUUUCUGGAACCUUUAUA